CGGGAGUUCCGGGUUCCCCAGCCGCGGAAGUACGGGGCGCGGCGGCUGUCGGCUUCGUCAGGGUUAUUCUUGGCGGCGGCGCGUGGCCAUGGUGCGGAAGCCGAGCCACCGGCUGCUGCUGCUGUCGCUGCUGCUGCUCUGCCGGGCCCCGGUGUGCAGCUCCGCCCCUCUGCCCCUGAUCCUCAACACUUGGCCUUUCAGGAAUGCAGCCGUAGCAGCAUGGAGGACGUUAGCAUCUGGAGGGUCUGCGCUGGACGCGGUUGAGAGCGGCUGUGCGGCGUGUGAACAGGAGCAGUGUGACGGCACCGUGGGCUUUGGCGGCAGCCCCGACGAGUCUGGAGAGACCACCCUGGAUGCCAUGAUCAUGGACGGUACUACCAUGAACGUAGGAGCAGUGGGAGAUCUUAGACGAAUUAAAAACGCCAUCGGGGUAGCACGAAAAGUACUGGAACACACGACACACACACUGUUAGCAGGAGAGUCAGCCACCAAGUUUGCCGAAAGCAUGGGCUUUAUCAACGAGGAUUUAUCCACCAAUGCUUCGUGUGCUCUUCAUUCAGAUUGGCUGGCCUGGAAUUGCCAGCCAAAUUACUGGAGGAAUGUUAUACCAGAUGCUUCAAAAUACUGUGGACCCUACAAACCACCUAGUAUCUUAAAGCGAGAUGGUUCUACUUACAAAGAAACAGGAGAUAGUUACGGUCAUGAUACUAUUGGCAUGGUUGUCAUCCAUAAGAUGGGAAAUAUUGCUGCUGGUACAUCUACAAACGGUAUAAAAUUCAAAAUACCUGGUCGAAUAGGAGACUCGCCAAUACCUGGAUCUGGGGCCUACGCCGACGACACUGCAGGGGCUGCAGCAGCCACCGGGGACGGCGACAUCCUGAUGCGCUUCCUCCCAAGCUACCAAGCUGUAGAAUACAUGAGAAGAGGAGAAGAUCCCACCACAGCGUGCCGGAAAGUGAUUUCAAGAAUCCAGAAGUAUUUCCCCAACUUCUUUGGGGCUGUGGUAUGUGCUAACGUGACUGGAAGUUAUGGAUAUGAAAACAUUAAAAUAACAGUAGCAAUGACCGCCUAUGUAUAGGAGCAAAAAAUCAGCCUAUAUUCUGAGGUUCAAAGAGAUGGCUUUCCCACUGCCUUUCUGUCCCCUCAUGGACUGUCAGCUAGUCUGCACUAAGGUGGACACACAGCCCACUUCCGUGUGGCCCGACUGGACAGCAGGUACACAACAGCCAGUGUGGCAGUGGGGAAGCAAUGUCUGUAUUGGUUGUAAAUGACAUGUGCAUUCUAUAUUUAACCAAACAACUUUUUCUCUUGGCCCCAGGUGCUGCCUGCAAUAAACUUUCAACAUUUACUCAGUUUCAUUUCAUGGUUUAUAAUCCUCUAAAAAGUGAGCCAACUGAGGAAAAAGUAGACUGCAUCUAAUCCAUCUUUUCUGUCCACAUCUCUACUUAAAGAAGAAAGAAACAGAGGCUGAAAAGGCUGCUCACUGUCAUCGUAUAACGUGCCUCAUGUAUUCUAAAAUUCUUUGUGUAAAAUAAGCACAAAAAUUUUAUGCUAAAAGCAUUUUCACUUUCUGUAUCUGAAAAAUUUUUAUUAUCUGUUUUUCUUUAAGCUUUGUAUAUCCCCUGAAAAUAUUUGUGUGUAUGUAUUUUGUAUAUGUUUAAAUUUUGAGUGAUAUUUGGAUUUCUGCUCAGUGUUUCAAGAAAUUGCUACUUUGGGGAUUUAUUUCCAUAAAUAAAUGAUACAGUAAAGUGAUAUAGUAAAGCCACAAGAAAUAAUCUAUAUUUGGAUACUUAAAAUAAUUAGAGUAGCCAAGGAUUUUAGACCCAAAGAAAAAGGUAACAGUGAGUCACAGCAUGGUAAGUCCUGACCGAAUCUCAGUACCUUAGAGUAAUGUGUCUCUUAUCGCUGAUUAUCAGUUGUACGUAAUGCUCUCUUCUAGCUUGAAGAGGAAAGAAUGCUGUUCAUCAUAAAGGUGCGUUUUGUUUAGCACGUAUUAGAAAAUGUGGGCCGUCUUCUGACGAGCAACUGUGUUGAUUUUCUUGGGCUUCUUCCUCUGAUGGUGCGCUCUCAAAGUGUGAAGGUUUUUAGCCACCAAAAAAAUCUCUGACCUUUUAGCUACAAAUAUUUAGUACUGAUAAUUUCUUCCGAAAAUGAUUUAGGGAACUUGAUCUGUACUGUGGUUUUACUAAUCUCUUGUGCACAUGUUGGUGGUCUGAAUUAGCAGUGAGUCAGUAACCCUCGUCUGCCUUGUUUUUUCUGAGUGCUCGGUCAGCCGUCUGCGGACUAGACAGGACUGUAAGUGCGCUUUCUCAGGAUCAUCUUUGCUUCAUUACCUUCCUUUUACAUCAGGAGUCAUUAAUAAAACUGUAUGUACAAUAUUGUCCCCCA